AGACCGAAAGGAGGAUCCGAAACCCAUCGUUCUUGAAACCCCUCCACGGCUCGCUCCCCUCUUUUUUGUAGCCUUCGAAAGACCAAAUCCACGGAGAACUCAUAUUAAGCGCGAGAAGGAAGAAGCCGCAGCGAACAGAGAAGAAGAGGGAGGAGGGAGCGAUGUUCUUCCACAUAACGCUGGAGCGGAACAUGCAGCUCCACCCCCGCCACUUCGGCCCCCACCUCCGCGAGAAGCUCGUCGCCAAGCUCAUGAAGGACGUCGAGGGCACCUGCAGCGGCCGGCAUGGCUUCGUGGUGGCGAUCACCAACGUGGAGGACAUCGGGAAAGGCCUCAUCCGGGAGGGCACCGGCUUCGUCACCUUCCCUGUCAAGUACCAGUGCGUCGCCUUCCGCCCCUUCAAGGGAGAGAUCCUCGAAGCCGUCGUCACCAUGGUCAAUAAGAUGGGAUUCUUCGCGGAGGCUGGGCCGGUGCAGAUCUUCGUUUCGAAUCAUUUGAUCCCGGAUGAUAUGGAGUUCCAGUCUGGGGACAUGCCAAACUACACGACAUCUGAUGGAUCGGUCAAAAUUCAAAAAGACAGUGAGGUGCGGCUGAAGAUUAUUGGGACACGGGUUGAUGCAACAGAAAUUUUCUGCAUCGGUACCAUAAAGGAUGAUUUCUUGGGUGUGAUCAAUGAUCCAGGUGCAGCUUCUUAGUAACAUCAUUGAGAGAAACACGGUGCCAAGAAGAUGGUGGGUGCAUGAAAACUUUUGCCUUCAAGUGCAGUGAAAAUUUGAAAUUCCUGGCACUACUAAGAUAUUUGUGGUGGUGCAUUUAUAUUAAAAUCGAUCUGUCCUGUGGCAUUUAGCCAAAUCGAGCCAGUUUGCCCUUAGUUUGCUUAUGGUCCUGAAAAAUGAAAAAAAUAGAAAAAUGAUUAGUUAUUUGUUACUGAAUACAAUCCUUGUUUUCAUUGGCCUGCUCUCAC